AGUGGCCGAGUCAGGACACGACCGUGCAGGCAACAUUCAUUUACGCGACGCGCCGCAGGCUGCGCACGUCGUGCGCUUCUCUCCAGUCUGCAGACACUAACCCAACCCUUCACGAGGCUUCACUUAGCUUCCGUCCUGUUGACUCGGCGCAGAAACACCCUGCAGAACCAUCUCUUCGAUGGACGUGGAAUAAUAAUAUUUAUAUUGUGGGGAAUAAAAUGAAUGAGAUAUUCUUCAAACUAUUAGUCUGGUACUUAUGAGGAUCCUUCAAUUUUUUUUUACUUGUAUAGUUUUGAUGUUAAAUUACAUGCUGGGAUUCAACUGGUACGAUUCCUCACACUCUGUGUCCCUGUGACGUGGGAGACCCCACUCUGAGGACACCCACUGCAUAAGGCCAGGAAGGGCAGCAGCAGAAGCCCAGCCUCCCCUUCGUUGUCACCGCCCACGCUGAAGCCCUGGCAGCUAUAAAAACCCCCAGGCUCUCUGUGGAUGGGCCCAGACAGAUAGUGGACCCCGCAGACGAAGUCUACCGAGAGCCCUUAUUUUCUGCUGCACGCACAGCCUCUCAUAUCAGCAGUUUCCAUAGGAACCCUGCAUAUUCAAAGUCUGCCUCCAGCUCUCGGGGAAGAGACACCUGGCUGAAUUGUGAAAGGGAGGCUGUUCAGGCCAAUUCAUUUUUCUUUUCCACAAUUGCCCCCAUGGAGGAGAAAGACUGAAAGCAUUUUUUUGGGGGAAUGAAAUCGUGGCAGUAGUGACUCAACUCUGGCUCCGCAGUCUUAGUUCCCUCAGCCUUCUUCCAAACUCUGACCUCAGCGACCAUGGUCUCCCACAGAUCCACCAAAGGAGCAUCCAAAGCCCGACGGGACCACAUCAACCACGAGAUCAGGAAUAUGCGGACUCUGUUGCCCCUCACCCAGGAGGACGAGGAGCGUCUGUCCUACCUGCACUCCAUGGCGGCCAUCUGCACCUACAUCAGGAAGUCCGUCCUCUUCCGGGGGCUCCCGGCCGGGGAGAGACCGCACUGCUCUCCGCCAUACGAGGCCUUUCUUCAAGCCCUGCACGGCUUCAUCCUGGUCACCACCACCGACGGGAGGCUGGUCUACGUGUCCGAGAAUGUAGCCGAAUACCUCGGUCAGUCCAUGAUCGAUGUGCUUCAAGCAGACACCUUUUAUGACAUGGUGGAGCGCUCUGACGUGGACAGUGUGAAAUCGAACCUGGAUAUGGGAAACAACUCGUCAUCAGAGAGAAGCUUUGUCUGUUGCAUGCGAACCUCCAAGGCCUUCAAGCUGCAACACGGCAGCUGCUGCUCCAUGCUGGUCCGAGGCAGCUUCCAGUCCUUCCCUCAGCUCUGUCCUUCCUCGGCCGCGGCCUGUCCCGCCGCCGAUCCCGUGUUCGUGGCCCUCUGCACGCCCACGGUGAACCGCCUGACGAGCUCCGACUCGCACUUCUGUCACAGCUUCACCAGCGUCCACGGGCUCGACAUGACCUUCACUCAGCUGUCUGACAGUGUUAUACACUAUUUGGGAUAUUCAGCGGCGGAGAUGGCCGGUCGAUCGUGGUACGGCCUCGUCCACCCUGACGACCUUUCGCUAAGCGCAGAUUCUCACAGGAGUUUAAUGGAGACGGAUGAGGGCUCCCAUGUAGAGAUGGUGCUGAGACUCCAGCGCGAGGAUCUGUCGUGGACCUGGAUCUACAUUCAAGCCAACAAGGAGUAUCAGGGCAUCAGCUGCACUAACUACAUCAUCAGUGAAACGGAGGCCAGAUUUCUGCAGACGAGAGUUGGCAGCGAUGCCUUCCGGCCAUCAGCUCUGGCAAACUCCUGCCACUUGGCAUCUCAACAGUCGCCCCACUCUCAGACCCACAGUAACUCGAAAUGUUUUAAAAGGAAAAGGUCGUCCGACAGCCAGGGCGAGGAGCCAGGUGUCCGAGUGAGGAGGGAGUCGGAGCGAGACGUAUGCUACGUGGCGUGCGUCUACUCCCAGGGCGAGGGCUCACCUGACGGCCUCGCUCUCUUCACCCCUCCCUACAGCCCGGACUCCUGCAGCUCCCCCCUGCAGCAGGAGGAGCUCAACCAUGACCUCCUGAUGGAUGUGCACGGAUACACGGAUCAGCUGCUCUCCUCCCCCGAGGCCUCGCCCUCGUACUACUCCUACCCGGAGGCCGGGCUCACCUGUCACCCAACACCCUCCGACUCCCUCCCUGCAGCUGCCCAACACCCCUUUGACCAGGGGUCCUUUCGGCUCAGUGCCCUCUCUGCACUCUCCUCCUCAUCUCCGACGUACGAUUUCCAAUCUUGUACGGCUGAUGCUCGAUUAGUUCCCGACUGCCUGUCCGACAUGCCCGAGAGCCCGGUGGACUGUGCUCUGCAUCAAGACGACGAUUUCAGCCUUCUAGAGCAGCCAGAAGGGGGCGGCCUCGCCCAGGCGCAUCAUGUGCGCCGCCACGCGUUGCCGCCGCAUUCCGGUCUUCUUACCCCCGACCAGUCUCCUUCAGCCACAGAGUCUAACGAGUACAACGAGAGGGAGCAGGCAGAGAUCAGUAUUCUGGCGCAGCAGAUCUCCUCUCUGGCCCGAAGCUUCGACAUGUACCACACCCUGAACCCGCUUCAAAAUGUGGCCCGGCCCGCGGCUCCAGGCGCUCUGUCCUCCGCCCGUGACUGGCCCCGUCACCCUCCCCUCCCCUCCGCCCUUCCUCCCAAGUGUGGGCUGGUCCUCGAUGACGGCGCGUUCGACAGGAUCCUGAAAGACCUGGACGUGGUCACGGGGAGGAGCAGCCGCACGUCCGGCCCCGCGGUCGCGUCGUACAGCUUUCAGGAGGCGUCAGAGUGCAGCGCCCCAGAGGCCCCGCUGUCAGCGGAGCAGUACACCGCCGUGGCUCCCUUCACUUUGCAGCUGGGACGCCACGACCAAAACACUGGGUUGCAUCAACUCAACCACUACAUGCAGAGUGGCCUUCGGCCAGAUGGACUGGCUGAAGAAAACCUGUUCUGAAAUAAGUCUGUGACUUACUGCACUACCAGCUGUAUGACAUAUUGUCAGGACAAUCUUCCUUUCGCUGGAUUCAAAGAAGACUGUGAGCAAAGACAUUUAAAGGACGUCUUCGCCGAGACACUGUUCCCCCCCCAGAUGACUUCUCUCUGAAUGUAGCAAAGAAUCUCAAGUAGAUGCUGUACUCUUCGAGGAUACAGCUUUGUCUUCACUCCUGCAGACUGCUGUCAACUGAUGUUUUUUCGCUGGUGUCUCAUGUUUUAUGAAAACGGUACUUUUUUAGACUGACUGUCGACUGAUGUUGGGGUAUGUUUUUCUUUGAAUACGAAGUGACCACAGUUCACUAUCGAGCACUUUAUCAUGUCAUUGCCUCAAGAACUGUACAAAUGAGAAGAUGUUUAAAGGGAACAUUACAGAGAAUUGAAAGCUGGAGGAGCUAUGACACACACAUCACGCCUUAUUAUUGCAAUUUUAAAUACUUGUUGUAGGUGCCUUAAAACACAUACGCCAGACACUUAUCAGUUUGCCAAGUUUGCCAAAAAAAUAAUAUUUACAUUCCUUAUUUUUCAAAUGUCUUUUUCAGUGUUUACCAGUAAAGAAACCAGACUCAGUCAAUGAGCAGUGAGAUAAUGAUGAUUGUGAAUUCAACACCUACCUCAGUGGUACAUCUAAAUACAUUCCAUGUCAGAAUUUUAUGAAUUCGUUGUAUUCAUAUGGACAGACUUAAUGUGAAACUUCACUCAUUCCAGAUAAAUAUGGUACUGGAGCUGUACAUGUUCAAAUGUUCAGUGUUAUCGUGGUAUUUCUCCAAAUGUUUGAAAUUGAAAUAAAUCUCAUGAAAAACA